AUGACGCAAUCUGAUCUAGCAACUUGGGCAAUGAAGGAAUAUGGUCUGACUAAACCGCCUUCACAAACUACAAUCUCGCGUAUUCUAAGUUCAAAAAGUGACAUAAUAGCCUCAAAGGAGGAUGACUUCAAGUUGGUGCGUCGGCGAAAGCAGACUAACCCUUUAUUGCGCAAAAUUUUGACCGAGUGGAUUACCCAGGCAACGUGGGAAAGUAUACCUGUUACCACCCCUAUUAUACAACUGACGGCACAUGCUAUUUGGACGAGGUUACCGAAAGAGGAUAAAACGGGCAACGGAGUGUUCAACCAAAAAUGGUGUUCUCACUUUAUCAAGAAAUUGAAUAUAAAUAUCACAGGUAGUGAGGAAGAUAUAAAGAAUAACUUUGGAUAUAAGUUGAAUAAAGUUUGGAUGUUGGAUGAGAAAGUCGAAUUGAAAAAUUAUUUAGACAACUUGAUUCAGCAAGAUAACUACUCACCGCAAGAUAUUUUCGUCAUUGACGAAUUUCAGUUGUUUUAUUCUCUUCCUUUGGACCAAAUAUUUGACGUUAGCUCGGUAGAUAAAGGGUUGCAGCAAUCGCAUUCUUCAAAUGAGUAUUCGUUGACUGCGCUACUAGGUUGCAAUAUUGACGGUCUGGAGAAACUAUUGCCCUUGAUUGUGGGUAAAUACGACAAAUUCGAUGUAUCAAAGAGCUCAUUCAACAAUUUCCAAGUUGCGUCAAGUGAACACACUUUGCAUCAUAAUUUAAUGAACAAGAUCACCCAAAUGUACAAUAUAUCAUACAAGUCAAACACCAACAAGUGGGUUACAUCGCUGAUGUUUCAAAAUUACAUACUAUCGCUAGAUCACAAAAUCCACAGUUUGACCCCCGAGAGAAAAAUAUUGAUUAUUCUAGAUGAUUGCUCAAGUCACCGAUUAGUCAAUAUCAAGUUUCAGAAUAUCAAACUUGUAUAUUUGAAAAAUGAAACGUGUCAUAAAAAUCCAUACAACACAUCAUAUGGAUCUGUCAAAUUUGACUACUUACCAAUGAACUUUGGCAUAAUUGAAGAGUUCAAAAUCUUCUACCGAAUUCAACAGUACACUGAAAUGAUCAAAUUGCAGCGCAGCAAAUCGAUGGGGAACAACAACAAUAGGAAAAAGCCAAAUUCGGGCACGUCUCCACUAAACCUCAAUUACGAAAUGGCAAAUACCUCACCGGCACUAGAGGUUUUGGCCGAGCAGGACUAUCAUGUAUCCAUGAUCCAAGUGAUUGAAUGGGUAACCAGAGCGUGGUCCAUGGUUUCACCAGAACGUAUAUAUCAGUCAUGGAAAAAGACUCGGUUGUUACCUUUGAGUGCUGGUCAUAAUUGGCCCAGCGUGAGAACGAGAAGCAAGGCGGAUGAAAUUUGUAAAUACUUAGACAAAAGACUUGUCGUCUUUGACGAGAUGAAAAGCCAUAGAGAAUUGGAAGACAUCAUGGGACAGUUGAAUGUUGUUAUACCUUGGGAAAUUGAGGAAUUGGUAGGGUUGGUCAACGAAAGAGGUAAAAUUACACUAAGCUAUGCUUCGAUCGAAGAGAUUAUAGGAAGCUGUCUACUGGAAUCGAUUGAAGAUGAUGGCCCCAGUGACGAUGAAGAUGACGGUAAUAAUCGAGAUAUGGAUCUAGCCAAUGGUGAAACAGAAGCCAAUGAUGUGGUCAAUUCACGUUGGUCAAUUAACGAAAGUGACCUCAAAGAUGCCAGUAACAUUAUAUUCAACAAAGCAAUUGCCAGUGCGACUAACGCAAACGAUACCAUGAUGAAUAUGGGCUCUAUUUCACCCGCUUUGAAAAACAGUUUCACUUCGACGGAUGUAUUACUAGACUCUAGCCAAGGAUUCAACCAAGGCUCUAACGGUGUUGCAAUGGCCACAUCCCAAUCACCCACUUUUCCAUUUGGAUCCCCGCUAAUGGGUGCCAAUGCGAAACACAAGUUGGGUCCAUUGGAGAAUUGGAAUAAAAAGAAACCGGCAUCUCUGAUAUUGUCACCACAAAGACAUCGAUGGCAAAACAAUAUCAAUCAACUUUUUGACACCCUGUUGGCAAAUGGACCAGCAGCAGCAGCAGCAGCAGCAGACAUUGGGGCGUAUGGCCACUCGUCCCAACAACACUCGCAGCACGAGGAGUCACAAUCGCAAAAUUUUUCGGCAGACUCUCAUGUGGAUAAUGAUAUGUUACAGUCCAUACUGAAGCUAAUCAACUACUCCUCACUCAAUACAAUCAAUCUAUCGCAAGCCACUAUCGACGAUCUCAAUUACAAUUUGAAAAUCAUACAGUCUCGAUUGGGUCAGACUGAAUAA